GCGGUGGUGGCGGUGAUGGUGGCGCCGCAGGGAGAGAAUGUUUGUGGUCGUGAUGAUGGUACGUGUGUGUGCGUGAGGCAGCGCGAGGGGAGGCAGCCGGGUGAUUCGAGUGACGGUUCGAGGUUCCAGGAGGCGGGCGUGGGUCCCGUGUUCCGCCUGGAGAUCCCGAGCUGCCGCCUGGAGGACGCCGGCGCCUACAGCAUUGUCGCCAAGAACGAGCAUGGAGAGGCCCGGGCCGUCGUCUCUUUGCAGGUGUAUGCUAAAGGUGUGAAGGUUGACAUGGAAGGACGACCGGUGAAGAGAGGCGUGAUGGAGCGUGCGCCGGUGGUGACGCGGCCCCUGCAGGACGUACGCUGCUGCGACGGAGACUCGAUCACCCUCGAGGCUCAAGUGGACGCCCCGAAGAACGCCACCAUCCGCUGGGAGAAGCAGGGCAAGCUGCUGAAGCUUGGCGGUGACCUGGAGAGUGACUGGGACGGAUCGUGCGUGAGGCUAAAGAUUCACGAGGUGUACCCAGAGGACGAGGGCGAGUACUCGUGCAUCAUCCUGAGUGACCUGGGCAAGGCUGUCACCUCUGCCACCCUCAUAGUGGAGAUGGCUGAUGACAAGGAGAACGAUGUAACAGUCCAGCUAGACUACCGAGCAGACCUCUCCCGCAGGACCACACCCUCCAGGACCACGCCUUCCAGAUACUCUCGCUCCCCAUCCUUCCAGCGUGAAGGUAGUGCUCACUCUUGGGCUGGCGUUGGCUGGCGAGAACCCUCCAUCAGCAUCUCCCACUGGCGGCCUCUCUCUCGCGGCUCCUCCCCGCUGCUGCUAGCCCGUCGCCGCACACCAGACCCCAUCCCACACACCAAGGGCAAGCGGUCACAUGGCCCUAAGUUCUACUACAUCCCACAUGACCGCAUUGUGGAGGAGGGAGAGACUGUGACCUUCCAGUGUGCUGUCAAAGGUCACCCCACGCCCCGGGCGGUGUGGGACAAGGACUCCCUCAUCCUGCAUGAGGGUGGUCGCUACAAGAUGGAGGCGCUGAAUGAGACAAGGACACUCGAGAUUCCCAAAGUUACCCAACAAGACGGCGGUCUCUACCGGGUCACCAUUGAGAACGACCUUGGAAGGGAACAGGCCACUGCCAGGCUGGACGUCAUCAAAGCAUCAGGCAACAAGUACACAGGCUACGUGCGGUCCUGGUACUCCUCCCCCAUCACCCCUCCACAGUUCACCCGGUCCAUGCCGUCAUCACGAGUGAGGGACGGUGGCCGCCUGCACCUCACCACCGAGUACCGUGGCUCCCCAUUGCCUCAGGCCAAGUGGUAUAGAAAUCAUGAGUUGCUGCCUCUCUGUGAGGACUAUGUGCAAACUUGUGAUGGCCGGUCAGCCUCCCUGGAGAUCCCCUCAGUCUCCUCAGCAGAUGCUGGCACCUACACCUGUGUGCUAGUCAAUGAUGCCGGCAAGACUGAAUGUUCCUGCGAGGUGGUGGUGGAGCAUCACAACGAGAGACACAACCAGCCGCCAUUCUUCCUGCGAGAACUCCAGGAUAUGACUGUCCUUGAUGGUGAUGAGGUGACGCUGUCUGUAAAGCUUUCAGGCUCCCUCCCCAUGAAGGUGGUGUGGGUGCGCAAUGAUAAGGUGUUGCCAGAUAGCCAGGACUUCCGUUACCAGGAUGACGGCAGUGGCACACACUCGCUGGUGAUGCGUGACGUGUUCCCAGAGGACGCUGGUGUUUACAUCUGUGAGGCAUACAAUGCUCAUGGGGAGGCUCACUGCUACUGCCGCCUCAGAGUGCAUGACCCAUGUGCCAGCCAGAACAGUGUGCCACAGAUUGUUGGUGCCCUCACCCCAUUGGAGGUGGAAGAGGGCUCAGCCGCCAGGUUCUCCAUCACUGUGCACGGCUUCCCUCAGCCUGCUGUGUCCUGGUUCUGUGAUGGCCGGAAACUUGACCCCACCCCAAGAAUGAAGAUUGAGGCAGAUAGUGACGCGGGCAUCAGUGAGCCAGUGAAGCACACACUGGGUAUCCUCCACGCACUCUCUACCGACUCAGGCGUCAUCUCCAUGGUGGCCUCCAACUGUCUGGGAUCUGACACCACUGCUACCACACUCAAGGUGAACCCCUACACUCCCACAAAGCCAAAUGAGAAGGAGGCCACCAAUGGUACCUCCUCCUCCACCAUCCUCACAUCAGAUUCCCCUGCACCAAGAAUCAGACCUCUGUUGAAGGAGGUUUCCCAGGGAAGCACAACCUCACCAAGCACAGACUCUGCUUAUGGCAGUGUCAGCUUGAGAGACUCCACCAGUGCCUGCAGCAGCUCCCUUUCCAACUUCAGUGAGCUUGAGGAUGACCACAGCACCUCCAAGGACCAUCCCUCGAGGAUUAAACCAGUGAAGUCCCUGAAAUUCAAAGAUCAAGAAGAGGUUCAGGGAAAUACAAAUGGUGAAGUGAUUGAAGAAGAUGGAGUCGAGGAGGAUGAAGAGGAGGAAGAAACAGGGGUUGAGAUUCUGGAGGGGCCACGAGACAUCACUGUUGUGAAGGGCCAAUCGGCCACAUUUACUGCCACCUUCACCGGCAACCCCAAACCUGUCGUGUCCUGGCUGAAGAAGGAACAAGUGAUCACAGACGGAGGGAGGUACAAGGUGAAGAACGAGGAUGGCCGCACCAGCCUCACCAUCCACGACGUGGUGCAGCAGGACUGUGACAAGUACACCAUUGUGGUGCGGAACUCGCUUUGUGCCCACGCUGCCUUCGCCUCCCUGGCCGUGGGAAGUGCCCCAGAACCUCCCGCUGAUGAGCCAAACUUCUGUGAGGUGACGGCUGACUCAGUGACGCUCUCCUGGUAUGGCCCGACCUAUGACGGCGGCUCAGUGGUGACUGGCUACACUGUGGAGGCACGGAAGGUUGGCAAGGAGGACUGGUACACCCUCAUCAGUGGGUGUCACUCCACUUCCUACAUUGCACGUGGUCUGGAGAAGAAUUGCCAAUUUCAGUUCAGAGUACGUGCCCAGAAUAUGCACGGCAUGUCAGAGCCAUCACGGCCAUCCUGCCCUAUCACCAUCCAGGAGCCUUCUGUCGCCAUCACCCGCACAGAGGAGCCACAGGAUGAAGAAGAGUAUGAGCCAGCGUCUGCUCCACUGAGUAAAAAGAUUCAGCCUGGUGACAUGUUUGACAAGCACUACGACCUGCACGAGGAGGUGGCCAAGGGGCGCUUUGGCAUUGUGUACAGAGUCACUGAGAAGAGCUGUGGCAAGAAGCGAGCUGCCAAGAUUGUCAAGUGUAUUAGAAGUGUAGACAAGGAAAAGGUUCUUGAAGAAAUUGACAUCAUGAAUUCCCUGCGUCACCCUAAGCUCCUGCAGCUUGAAGCAGCCUUUGAGCGGCCUAGAGAGUUCAUCAUGGUCAUGGAAUACAUCACUGGUGGCGAGCUGUUUGAGCGAGUGGUGGCCGACGACUUUGACCUCACAGAGAGAGACUGCAUCCUGUUUGUGCGGCAGAUCUGUGAGGGAGUCAACUACAUGCACAAGAAUCUUAUUGUGCAUCUUGACUUGAAGCCGGAGAACAUCCUUUGUGUGACCAGAACCUCGCACCAGAUCAAGCUCAUUGACUUUGGCUUGGCACGCCGCUUCAACCCCGAUGACCCGUGCCGUGUCCUGUUUGGCACCCCGGAGUUUAUCGCCCCCGAGGUGAUUAACUAUGAGCCCAUCGGGUUUGCCUCUGACAUGUGGUCUGUGGGCGUGAUCUGCUAUGUCUUGCUGUCGGGUCUCUCCCCCUUUGCUGGAGACAGCGAUGCUGAGACUUUUGCCAACAUCACACGUGCCGAGUUUGAUUUUGAUGAUGAUGCCUUUGUUGCCAUAUCAGACGAUGCCAAAGAUUUCAUUACGUCUCUCCUCAUCAGCAGGAAAGAGAAGCGACUGACAGCCGAGCAGUGCUUCAACCAUCCCUGGCUGGCCCAGACUGAGGCUGACAUGAACAAGGUUGUUCUCUCCACUGACAAGCUCAAGAAGUUCAUCAUUAGGCGGAAAUGGCAGAAAACUGGAAAUGUCAUCCGUGCCGUGGGACGCAUGGCCUUCCUCUCCAACCGCCGCUGCUCCCAGCCCUCCUCCCCCACCCGGCUCUUUACCCUCCCAGAGAACCAGACCCAGACCCCACCCCCUAACCCUGCUUCUUCCUCCAACCCGGCCACCCACACCAAGAGCAAGGGUUGUGCCCCUGUCACUCGCCCCUCACACAGUAUAGUCAGCGAGCGGAGUGAUUCUGGUAUCAGUGAAUGUUCCUUUAAUGUUGAAGAAAACAAUCAGAAUCCUCAAGCCAACCAGUUCGGUGUCACUAACAGCCGUGCUGUUACAGGAUGCAAUGUUCUCAAAAGUGGUAAGACGCCUUCAUUAGACUGGCAGUCAUCUGUGGACUCUGCAGUUUGCGAUGAUGACUACAUCAGUAAGAGCAGCUACAGCUCCUCGCCCAGAAAGAUCUCACGCGAGGGACUCAUCCACGCCAAGACAGCAGCUGCAGACACUCUCCUCAAUGCCCACUCAAGAAUAUGAGGAAAUCUUGUACAGAGAUCUAAUUUUGUUCAGAACUUUGACGUUAAAUUUUAUAGAUAAUUAUGUACAUAUUUUUGUGGAUUUUUGCGUCUUAAUUUAAAUGGCCUUUAAUCUUUAGAGAGGUGCAAAGAAGCAACAGAAAUAGUGUUUCCCAGAACCAAACUGUACAGGCCACUGGGACAGUGCAGCUAGCUCACCUCAGCAGUGAGGCACAAGUUGUAGCUGUCCCACAAGGCCUCUACCUUACCUGAGCAUGCCAGCCAAGCAGCCCCUCCCCACCUGGCUUGUGCAUCUCCCCUCUACUACAGCCACCAGCAGCGGCAGGGCAGAGUAGGGGUAGAGAUACCCUGAGGGAGGAAUGUCCCCAGGCGCCCCUGUGCCACCUCUGAACUGUCUCGUGGAGGGACAGGUCUGGCCCUUGUGCUGGUGCCACCCAGAGGACCAGACAGUGCCAAGGACUCAGCCACCUGGAUGUUGAAGAACACUGUGGAAAAGUUAAUCUACAGAAAAUGUAAUGGUGUGGAAAUCCCCCAAAGUUACCAGUGAUGACAAGUGAUGCCUGAGUCUGUUAUAUCUUUUUGUUGACUUAAUGUGUCAUGUGAGUUGGUUUCAUCUUGCUCUAAAGCCUUGUUUACUCUGCUGUUCAUUGUAUCGUGUGUUCUCGGUAAUGCCAAAUUUUUAGACUUUAUUGCAGUGCCAAGCAAAUUUUAAAUGGUUUGCCUUAUAUCAUUCCACAUUCACAUUUCACUUACUUUGAUUGCAUUUUAUGAGCUGAAAUAUCAUCUGUUGUUUUGUUCAUAAUUAAUAUAUUAUUAAUCUUGCAUAAACUGUUUUGUUCGCUUUACUUUCUUACGUCCAUUCACAAAUACGUAUGUUAUCAAAAGUGAUACCGAGCACUGCACUGCUCUGCCACAAACGAGCAGAGGACCUGGUGUAGCCUUGGAGGUCCACACCCAAGGAUCUUACCAAGAAGGAACCUGAUCCUCGGCUCCUCACCUGAAGCCUGAAUAAAGGUUGAUCAGUAGUCAUUUGAAAGCCAAACAGUCUAACCAGGACUUGGAUCAUGAUAAGUCAUUGCCAAAUCUCCACUGCAAUGGGGCAGAAAGACUGAGGUUGUUGCUUUAAAUAGAGCUAAGUAAACCAGCAGAUCACAGCUGCCUUUGUGCCCCAGAGCAGGUAUUGCUACUAGAGAUAGAGGGCUGGAUGAUGAUGACGACUCACUUGUGUAGCUCCAUAUUGUGAUAUUGUAGAUAAUCACCCAAAUAUAUGCAUGAUAUUGCUGUUAAGAAAUUAAAAAAAGAUUUAUCUGGA